AUGGAACCCAUACCAAUGGCAAUGUCAACUGAGAAACACCAGUUCGAGCGCUCGGAUGUGACUAAUAGCGAGAUCGCGUCCAUUGCCGGGUGGGGUCGUACGUCAGCUACCGGUGACCACAGCGACGACCUCCUGGAGGCACAGCUCCAUAUCGUUCCCCAAAGUGACUGUCAGUUGUCGUAUAAAAAACACAUUACCAUUAAUAAGAGCAGGUUGUGUGCGAUCGCACCGUUAGACUCGUUGUCAGAAACCGGAGAGUCGAUGGACGCCUGUAAGGGUGACUCCGGCGGACCACUCAUACAGUAUGACGAGUCCAGUGAACAAUAUUAUUUGACCGGGGUGGUUAGUUUUGGUAAAAAGUGUGCCACGUAUGGGGCGCCUGGAGUUUAUUCCAGUGUCGAGUAUUACUCCAAAUGGAUUACAGAUAUUAUUGAUGACAAAACACCAAAUUCAUAA